AUGAAUGUCCCCUCCAAUCCUAUUCCUCUCGCUUGUAGACUUGUGACCACCGACCAAUGGCUUAUUACAAAUGUCGACAGCAAUUUAUCCAUUGCUCGGGUGAAGCAAUUCUUACUUAGCAAAUUCUCUCCUUUAUCUUUGCGAAAGCACUCUCCUCCAAAGAGAAAGUCCGAUCGGAGGGGGCGCGCGCUCUCGCCAAUUACAUUCUCUUUGCGUGGGCACGACGAGUAUGGCGAUGGAAGCGAGGACGAUUGGGAGGAGGACGUUCUAUCUGACUCAGAGUUAGGCCAUGCCUCUGAUGACCCAAAUCAUUUGAAGUAUAAGUACAGCCCCUCUCUGCAUCAAGCAGGGCACUCCUCGUCGACUCUUGUCACUCGUACGCCUGUUCCUGACUCAUUGACGUCCGACGGACGCUACGCUCUGCUGUCGUUCUCAACUGGCCAACUGCUGGAAGACCACUUCAACCUUGCGUGGUACUGUCUACUGCCGUACGAACUGCUCGAGCUCCACCCCGGCCCAGACACUGUGGUAUUACUUCCCCGGGGCAUGCCCGAGGCCUACAUCCGGCCCUAUUUCGAGGCGCGCGUGUGGGCAUUACGUGUUGUCGGUACCGAGUUAACGGCUGAGCACAUCUCUGUCGUGGAGUCCCAGGCAAAGGACAGGGGUAAAGAGAAGGAGCGAGAGAAGAGAUUGCCAAAUCGAAACGGAGCAGGAGGUGACAUGGUGCACGAGGCGCAGGAGAGAGACAAGUCUAGUGGCGAGAUGAGAAAAAGGGAUAAGGCAGAAAGGAGACGUAGGAAGAAGAUGGAAUGGCGUGACCGAUGGGUGGUCAUUCAUCAGGGUAUGUUCAAGCUCUGCAGGGGUCGUUUUGAUCCUCAGCCUACGCAUAUUGCACCUUUGAAUGCGAUUCUUUGCCUUCGCAGUGGUGAUCACCUUUAUUCACCCAAGGAUGCGCCACCAGCAUCUUCCACAUCUACACCGCUCUCAUCCCCAACGUCACCCACGGCGCAUCUGCAUCUACCUCACGCGGACGUUAACACUUGUAGGAUCCUAUGUGUAAAGUUUCGAUCAGGCCCGCACCCUCCUCCCCAUUCUCCCACCCAUACAACUACUGCGUCAUUGCCGUCUUCACAGCCUGUUUCUAAGGCAGGUAUGCAAGAACGAUUGAGGACCACCAGUGAGAGCAGCACAGGCUGGUGGCGCCGAGCUUCCCGCGAUGUUCAGGACGAAGUCUUGCCUACAUCAGAACAUAAUGCUGGGACAUCUGAUCGUGAUCAGCUCAAUAUACCUGACUCAGAAGACGAUGGUAACGGAGUUUGGAUUGUAAUGAACAUGCUCAAUGAUGCAGCUUUCGAUAACGUUCUCCGCAUUUUGCAUCGCCAUGCACCCAACCUCUGCACAUCAUCCUUUGUCGAUCAUCUCGGCCCUCGUGUUACUGACUCUCCAUCUGCGAUGGCGACAUACUUGAAGCCUUUACCAGAUCCCGCACAUACACCCUCUUCUCUUGAUAUUCCUGAGGGUAAAGUCGCUCCCAGUCCAUCUCGAUUUUUGGAAGCAUCACCAAGUCGUAAAUUGUCCACGCUGAGGCGCACUAAUAGACAGAAGAUCAAGAGCCUACAUUAUCCCGACUGGCGCCUAGCGGUAGUGCAACGUGCACGCAAAGCUGGACUUGGGCCUAUCGGCCGCGCAAUGGAACUUGUCAUGUUUGGCGACGACAGUUUGGACGAUCUCUCGUGUGGGGUCCUUAACGAGGACUCCGGAGACGAGCUGGCGGAAAAGACCAAAGACAGGCCUGGCGUAAACAUUGUCGUUUCUCCCGUUCGGCCUCUAAAUUCCGCUCCUCCAUUGAAAGUUACGUCGCCUGUAAGAGGCGAUGGCACGAUGAUCCCCCCCGCCUUAUGGCGCUGCAAUCUUGACGGCGAAAGUGAGAGCGACAGCGAGGCUAGCUCUGAAGAGAGCGAAAGGGAAUGGGAAGGAUGGCCCGACGAUCUCGUGCGCCAGCAGCGCGCACAUGCUCUUACUGAGGAGCUCCGCUUGGAUCAGCUCGAGCGCGAUAUAGAGAUGACUGCGCAGGUGGAUUACCGCCGGAUUCCCUGGGCUAGCGACCCGACACCCGUCUGGGGAAGUGCUGACCCUGCUAGUUUGAGCGAUGGAUCCCCUGGAGACUUCUACAGCUCAUCUCCGAAUGGCAGUUCGUGGUGGGUUGCUGAUGCUCGUGCGGAGCUGGGCUCACCUUCGCUUUCACGGGCACGAACACUGAACUCGUAUUCUUCUGCUGAUUCGUUAAUUCGGAGGUCGAUUCGUGGCACUCAAAGACGUUCCCGUGCUCGGAUAUUCGAACGCAAACGCGACAAUCUUUCACCGACGCGUCAAGUCCGUCCUCAUUCACCACUUUCAUCUCAAGUACAUGUGACAACAAAUGAAGAGGAUACCCCUUCCACAACGGCUUCGGGGUCUGAACUACGCAUGCCCCUCCCCUUGCGGAUGCCAAUACCCGUCACGAUGCGAAUGACGACGAUGCGUUCACCUAUUACAGAUGAUCAACAUCAACCAUCCGGCACGCCCCUGAGUGUAAGAGCCAAUAAGGAUAAGCAAGAUGAGGGUAGCGACAGCCCUACAGAAGGACAGCAGAAUGGUCAUUCCCAGCAUGCGAGUGAGGCGCAAGAGCCGCCAAAGCUCAAGUCGAUUUCGAAAAGGACGUCUACGACAAACAGGAAAAAAUCCGUGCCGCUUUCCAGACUAAGGCCAUCCCUACUCCCCAGUCUCGCUUCAGCUGGUGCAGAGAUUUCUAUACGACCAGCAUCGAGUCCGAGCAGCGUGGAGAGCAUUAGGUUUGUCGACCCUGACUCCGAUUAA